AUGAGCCAGUAUACAGAACACUCGGAAUGUGUCAGCGCUGCCAAUGAUAUGGAGUGCGAGCAUAACACCAUAUAUCCGUCCUCGCCUAUUGGCGACCUCGAAACGAAACAAGAGACAGCCCCGGAUUUUGGACCACAGAAAUCCCCGUUUCAUGAAUAUGCCUUCAUUUUUGUGGUCUGUUCUGCCCAGCUCAUGACCCAAGCUGGUCUUUCGCUUUCCAUUGCUCCGUUAAAGAUAAUUAGCGCCAGUUUCAAUAGCACUCCGAAGGACCUGACAUGGGCAUCCGCCGCGUACAGCUUGACAGUCGGGACGUUCAUUUUUGUUUCUGGAAGACUGGGUGAUGUCUAUGGCCAUCGACUAUUCUUUAUUAUUGGCUUCGUAUGGUUCGGUGUCUGGUCCCUCCUGGGUGGCUUUGCCGUAUGGUCGAACUCAAUAUUCUUUGACUGUUGCCGAGCCUUCCAGGGAGUUGGCCCUGCUUUUCUUCUUCCAAAUGCUGUGGCAAUUCUCGGAAGAUCCUAUCCACCUGGAUUCCGGAAGGAAAUAGUCUUCUGCCUCUUCGGAGCUGUAGCUCCAGGGGGCUUCACCAUUGGUGCUACCUUUUCAUCCUUGCUUGCCGAGCGAUUGUGGUGGCCCUGGGGAUUCUGGAUCUUUGGCAUCGCCUGUUUCAUUUUCGCAAUUCUGGGGUCCAUGGUUAUACCAUAUAUUCCACAAGAAAGGCCUCGAAGUGAUCUUUCGACCUUUGCGAGGCUAGAUGGGUUUGGUGCUCUCACGAGUGUCAGCGGCUUGGUAUUGAUCAACUUCGCUUGGAACCAAGCCGCGGUUGUUGGAUGGGAGGUUCCAUACACAUAUGUUCUGCUGAUUGUGGGAAUUCUGAUCAUGAUUUUGUUCCUGUUUAUUGAGCGCAGCGCAGCUUACCCUUUGCUCCCAAGUUCUGUGUUCAAAGGCGAAGCUGGAUGGGUGCUUGGCUGCAUUGCCGCCGGGUGGUCAAGUUUCGGUGUCUUGGUAUUUUAUUACUAUGAGAUUUUAGGGAAUCUGGAGGGCGAUAGUGGCCUCCUUGUGACUGCCAAAUGGGCCGGGGCAUCUUUAUCUGGAGCUUGUGCUGCUGUGAUAACUGGCCUACUUCUUGGUCGGAUCCCAGCAAGCAUCAUCAUGUUCAUUGCAAUGCUGGCAUUCUCUGCCGGUCAGGCAUUGCUCGCAUCAAUGCCUAUUGGACAGACAUACUGGGCCAAUGCUUUCGUAAUUAUGCUCGUCACACCCUGGGGAAUGGACAUGUCGUUCCCCUCCGGUAUUCUGAUAUUAAGUAAUGCCAUGCCACAGAAAGAUCAAGGUGUUGCUGGCUCACUCGUGAACACUGUCUUGAACUAUUCGAUCUCAAUGGGGCUUGGUUUUGCCGGCAUCGUUGAAAGAUACGUAAAUGACAACCAGAAAGAUGUUCUCAAGGGGUACCGUGGGGCCACAUAUAUGGGCGUUGGCUUAGCUGGACUAGGAACCAUUAUUGCAACCUGUUUCAUGAUUGUGACUUGGCGGGAGUCUCGGAGAGGGGCUUAA